CCGCCUGGAGGGAGCGGCACUGCCGCCCGUCCUCCCGCUCCUCCUCCCCACACCCCCCUACUCCUCCUCCCGCCGGAGCGAGCGAGCGAGCGAGCGAGAUGGCGGCCGCCGGGGCUAUGGCAAAGCACGAGCAGAUCCUGGUUCUUGAUCCGCCCACCGACCUCAAAUUCAAAGGUCCCUUUACAGAUGUAGUAACUACAAAUCUCAAACUACGAAAUCCAUCAGAUAGGAAAGUAUGCUUCAAAGUGAAGACCACAGCACCUCGUCGGUACUGUGUGAGGCCAAACAGUGGAAUUAUUGACCCAGGAUCAUCUGUAAUUGUUUCAGUAAUGCUGCAGCCUUUUGACUAUGACCCAAAUGAGAAGAGUAAACACAAGUUUAUGGUACAAACAACCUAUGCACCACCAAAUAUUACAGAUAUGGAGGCAGUGUGGAAAGAAGCAAAACCUGAUGAAUUAAUGGACUCCAAAUUGAGAUGUGUGUUUGAAAUGCCCAACGAAAACGAUAAACUGAAUGACAUAGAUGCAAACAAACCCGCCCCAGUCUUGAGUACAUCUAAGCAGGAUGGCCCGAUGCCAAAAUCACAUAGUGUUUCACUUAAUGACACCGAAACAAGGAAGCUGAUGGAGGAGUGCAAAAGACUUCAAGCAGAGAUUAUGAAGCUGACGGAUGAAAACCGACACCUGAGAGAUGAAGGCUUGAGGCUCAGAAAGGUAGCGCACUCGGAUAAAUCUGGAUCCCCCACAGCUUUGGCCAUCAGAGAUAACGGCUCCAAUUCUCUUCCUUCACUUCUUGUUGUAAUUGCAGCCAUUUUCAUCGGAUUCUUUCUAGGGAAGUUCAUCUUGUAGAAAGAAUGAGUGACAGAAGCAUGCAAAAUGCAGCUUCUUUAUUUUUUUUCCUCUUUUUUUCCUCUCUUUUUUUUUUCUCUCCUUUUUUUUUUUUUUUAAAUUUCUUCCUUUUAUUUUCUCGUUUUGUUUUGUUUUCCUUUUGUUUUGUUUUUUCUUGGCCAGAAAAAGCUUUGUUUACCUACCACUUGAUUGGUAGUAUGGCCCAAGUGGCCAUUGUUUGUUUGUUCUGGUUUGGUUUGUUUUUUUUUUGUGUACAGUAUCAUAACAGGCUUUGCCUUUAAUGAUCUCGCACGGUUAGAAACCACCAAUCUGACAAGACAAACUGGUUGGCUCCUGGACAAAAUUGUACAUUAAGUCAUCAAUAGCAGGUGUCAGUUGCACAGUCAGUCCUUUAUGAGAAGUUCAUCAGCAAAAAAGAAUUGUUCUUUUCUUUCUGUGGUUUUAAUAAGAAUUCAGAAAUCUGUUCAGAGUCUUGUAAAUGUUAUUUUAAUAAUCCUUUCAAAUUUUAUCUGUUGCUGUUACCUCUGGAAAACAAACAAACAAACAAAUGAUUUAUUAGAUUGCUAAUCCCACUCAUUCAGGAAUAUGACAAAGAGGUGUUCUGGGGGGAAAUGGUGCCUCUUACUGUGUAAAUUUUCUCCUUACCUUACUUUGCUAAUACCACAGCAGAAUUUCUUUUCUUAUUCCUUGUGAGGCAUUGUUGAGAGUUCUUCAUCCUUCCAGUCAUGUCCCAUCCUAUUUAACAUUACAAAAGAAAUAAAAUUGUUAACAGAUUAUUUUUUUUUCUGCUGGAUAGCCUGUUUGUGUGUGUCAUACUUUUAGGAGGGGUUCCUAACAAGUUCAUUGUUCAUGGUAAUUUACUACUUGUAACAAGUGGCUAUUUCGAAGUUGAUUUGCUUAAGUCUCUGGCUUAGACUGUUGUAAUUGAAGCUUGGGGGUUUAAAACAAAAAAGAAAGAAAAAAAAAAUUGGUUUCCAUUCCAUUUGUUUAAAAAUAAAUGAAUCUGUUUUCUGGCUGUUUUCAGCUACAGAGAGGAUGGUUAUCAACCUUGUUUGGGGACAGUAAUUUGGAUAUCCAGCAGGUAUGAAUACCAAACACAAAUGUUUUCAGUAUAUUAACACCAUGCUUGGAUUGUGUGGAAGUAUAAUAAUGAACCUUCUGUUCCACCUUUGGAUCUUCUGGGUGUCUUCCAGGAGUCAUCAUUGUUCUUUGGCUUCUAGGGGUUACCUAAUUCACAUACAUGAGCUUAACUGGGUUUGUAAUUCUGUUGUGGCAGGCACUGAAAUUCAAAUCGAACCAUUCAGGCACCCACAGUGAAUUUGGUGAUGCAGAAGAGUUGAUAAUUGCUGAGUGAGCCUCAGCUGCUCACCUUUUGAAAAGGAAAAUCCUUUUGGUGCAGCUCUUGGCAGAUCUACCUGUGUUUAGCCAUGUACAGCUAAGUUUUACAGAACACCUUGUUUGGGGGUCUGAAAUGCUUCCCUGCACUUAAUCUUACGUCUCGCCUCAGCUGAGUAUGUCAUAAAACCAAACAACAUUGAAGCAAAACACUCCCUAUGCUUCUGACUCCUCCAAUCCAGGGGGUUUCUUGUCAACUGAAAAAUUGUGGAAAGGAAGGGGGCAUACUCCUGCAAGCAAAAUUGUGUGUGCUGACUUGGGCAGCUUGACUGGAUGUGGUGCAGCUAAGUGUGUUAGACCUCGAUAUACGCACACAUUGUGUAGCUGACAGACGUGUUGUGGAGAAGAUGUACGUGAUCUUGGUUGCCUUUUGAUUUCCAGUGCUCUUUUCUUUCCUUCUUUAAAGAGAACAAAACUCAUAAUUACAUCACAUUCUGUCAUUGCUCUCGGUGAUAACAUCUUUUAUACCAUCUUGCCUGUGUGCAAGGAAGAUGAUGAAGAAAAUGCAAAUACUGCUUAUCUUUGCACUUGAGCAUGCAAGCACAGAUGUUCUCAAUUACUUGUUCCAGUGUCUGCAUUCAAGCCUCCUUCCAUCCCAGUGACUGGAAAAAAAAACAACAAAACAACAUGUGAAGAGGUCUUGAUUAUUUUGGUUCCACUGGUUCAGAAUGAUGUAAUAAUCCUCCUGCUGUAUAUUUUUUUUUCCUUCCUUCCCCCCCCCCUCCCCGCCCCGUAACAGAACAUUGCCACAUCAAAAGCUUUCAUAGCCUAUUCCCGUGUGGAAAAUACAAAGCAGUAGUGUGCAGGAUGUAGUUUGCUUCAGACAGAGCACAGUUAUUCCUGUGUUGAAGGGGGAGGGGUGAAAAAAGUGAAAUCAAUCCUCUGGAAGAUGUGAAAGCCCUUUAGAACACAGCACAUGGAGGUUUUCAAGGGUAGCUAGCACUUGGAGAACGAAAAAGAGUCAUCUCUUAGUGCAGCUUACUCCAAUUUUGCUGUCUGGUGGCAGAAAUAAGACAAAACAAAGAACCCUAAAGUCAGAUUAAAAUAACUCUUCUCACAACUACCAAAAACAGCUGAUGGUAAAACAUGAACAUGGUUUGAGUAGCAUUUUCAACGUGAAAAGCGUGCUGCGGUCUCGUCACCAGUGUACUUACUAAUGGCAUAAGGAGACUGUCUUGAUGUCCAGUAAUCCCUUCCUAGCUGUAUAUAAAAUGUAAUGCUAAACAAAAACAAAAUAAUCAAAACUCUUUGCUCUCAGGAGUCACUUUGGAUGAGAUCAACUGUAUUCAGUGAAAUUCUGUACUAUGGAUUAAAUUGUUUGUCUUUGUUCCUGAAA